UUAAUUUUGGACUGCUAGUCCAAGACUCCAAGUCUUAUUUUACCAAUCCAUGAAAUGGGAUUAAUAAUGCCUACCCCACAGCAAUACAAGUUAUUCUAUAAAGUUGCACAUGACAUGCUUUGCCAUAAACUUAAUAUUUAGGCUGGGCAUGUGGAACAUGCUGCACUUGGGAAUCUGAGGCAGGAGGAUGCCUGGGAGUUCAAGGCAAGCCGGGCCUACAUAAUGAGUUCAAGUCUUUCCUGAGCUGCACAGCAAGAUCCUGUCUCAAAAAAAAAAAAAAAAAAAAAAAAAAAAACCUGAGAAGUAAAAGAUCUUUGUUCCUGAAGCCUGAAUACUUAGAGUAGGAGACCACAAUACCUACAGUUUCCCUGAAUCUUGGGACUAAUAUUGGAGCCUGUGAACCAGUAAGAAAUUCUUUUCAUUAAUCUCGCAGGAAUGGGCACAGAAUUUUCCAGUAGUAUAUUCCUGGUUGCUUUGGCAGACAGUGGCCCUCUCUCUCCUGCUGAAUCCAGAGCUGCAUUUUCACAUUCCUUUCAAGUGGUACAAUGGCAAGUAGUGAUUCCCAAGCCAAUAGAAUAACUGUCUCUUCUGCCAACUCUAUUUUUUUCCCCUUUCGUCUUUUUUUCCUUGACAACAGAAAGCCUCUUUUUUCUCUCCAGCAAAGAAGUGACAUUACCCUGUCAAUGUUAAAUUCUGGCAGAAAUGGAGCCACUAAAAUAGAAAGAGAAAAAAUAUUGUAGCAACAGCCAGGAAUAAGAAGUUGCACAGAAUUAACCGGGUUGUUUAUAUUUUGUGAAUACAGAAUACUCUGUAUUAUGAGCAGUGAUUGUCUCUGUAGUUAAGGCUUACUUCUAAAAUAAUUCUGUUUUUGAGGUGUUUGGCAGAUCUAUUGUAUUGAUGCCCCUGUUUUUUUAAAUCUCCCCCAUGUAGUUCCUUCAUCAAAGAGGCAGAAUCCAGUAAUCCACCUCUUACCUUCAGACUUGGCCAUGUGACUAGCUUUGGCCUGAGGUUGUUAGUGGUCAUUCACAAGUGUUUGUGUGUCCACUGGUUCUUUUGGACCCCUGACAUCUCCCUGAAAAUGCAUAAAGCCAGCCUUCUAAAGAGAGGACAACGGAGCCAUCCGAGCCAAGGCCAUCUGGGAUACGCUACUCUCAUCAGCCCAACCACAGACACAUGAGCAGAUCCACCCAGCUGACCUGUAGCUCGUCAAUAAAAAUACUGUUAGAGGGUACAGAGGUCUUCUGGUUGUUUGUUACACAGUAGAAACUAAUUGAUACAGUGCAUUUGCAUAAAAUAUUGGUGUUUCGUGGAGACCCAUGACUUCUCUAACUGAAGUGGUGAACAAAUUCCCAUACUUCAAGCUCCAUUCAUUCAAAUAACAGCUUGGAGAGUCAGUCUGAAAUCUCCAUUCUAGGCAAGCUGCCCUUUAAUAUUUCCCUAAACACAGCCUAUGCAUCCUGGCCUCUUUUUUGUGCUGUUAAUUUCUUCUUACUGGAAUGUCUUCUCUUCCCUGCUUCUUUAAAUCAUGUCUGAUCUCCAAGGAUCUACCUAAAAUCAGCCUUCUCCAAAUGACCCUGGGUGACUGGCCCCUGCCUUUCCAGCCUGUUAGGCCUUAGCGGAUUUCCUGUCUGAACCAUGAGUUGGCUACUGACACGUGCUAUCUUAUAUACCCAGUUUCUUAUUAACAGUCAUUUACUAAACUAAAAAAUCCAAGUUCCUGGAGGGCAGAGUUUUUUUGGUUUUUUUUUUGUACUGGGAAUUAAACUCAGGAUCUUGUGCCUGCCAGGCAGGCACUGUGCCAGUGAGUUAUGUCCCUUGCCCAGAGCUCUUAAGGUUUCUUUUAUCCUCACUUCUUGUAUAGAACUUUGAAAAAGAAAAUGCAGGGUCUUUCACUACAGACUUUAAUAUCCAUAGGUUAACUGGCAUUAAGGGCUAAUUGAUAGGCAUUAUUACUAAUGAGAAAGAAAGAGAGAGGGAUGACUGGUGAAUGGACUCUCAGACAGAUGAAGGAAAGAGAAAUGCUUGAAUGAAGUUCCAGGCUUCUGACAUGAGUGUGUGGAAUGCUGCCCUUUUCUAUUACAAUUUUCACUAGAAAAAUAAAUUUUACCCUUAAAUAUUGGCUUUACCCUGAGGUUUUCCUCACUUUCCUGUUCUCCCCAAAUGAAAUAGGCUGCCUCCCUCCUCCAAAUGUCAGCAUAUCUCUUUGUCCGCCUCCUAGGGGGCCUCAGCCUAUUUCCUGUAUGACAAGCAGCGGCUUUUCCUUCCCGCUCACAUCCACCUGCACUCCUUGAGCUCAGAGGCUGUGCUUUUACUGUGCCUGGAUCCGUAGCACUUGGUAGCUUAUCACAUAGAUGAUAAGUAUUUAUAUCUCUUCUCCGUUUUCCUGGUUUUGGGUUUGCAAGGUUGCCCUGUCUGAGCUCAAACUUUGGAUCCUGCGACCUCAGCCUUUCAGAGUUCUGGGAUUACAGAUGUUUGUACACAUCUGGGAUUACCAUCAUGCCCAGAUGCCUCUUCUGUAUUUUAGAUGCCCCAAUUCAGGCACUCAUCAUUGCUCAUACAGAAAAUGGCGAAAUCUUGUCAUUGGUCUUCUUGCUUCUAACAUUUUCACCUUUUUAACCAGUUAGCAAGGCACAAGUAUCAGCUUCAAGUUUAAAAUAAAUUCCAUAGAAACAAACAAGCAAGCCCUGGUAACAUCUUCCCUCUUCCUCAGGAUAAAUUCAGGCUCCUCAACCCGGCAUGCAAAAUCCAUUACGAUCUGUCCCAGCAAACCUACAGACCCUUCUUUCAUGCCAGACUUAACUUUCAUCUCCAAUAGGAGCGAACAGCCUGCACCGCUUACCCACAGACUUUCUCCCCAGCCAUCCCUUACCCGUUUUGUUCCCUUGUUGUUUCCUGUGGCCUGGUCCCAUCCACCCUGAUAGUCUCUCCUGUCUACCACUUUCCUUCAGCCCAAUUAGGUGCCCUACUGCAUUAUGAUUAUCUGAUUUAUGAGGGAGUCUUCUGAGAAUAAAGGCAAGGUUGUAUACAUCGCUGUACAUUCAAAUUUUACCAUAACUCUUAGAACAUGGACUAAACUGUUGCAAGCUAGCUGGCUGGAGCAGUGAUCUGCCUGUAACUGUGAUCUAAAACAACCAGUUUACUGACUGACCUAAAUCUAGACUUAGAGGCUAAAGCUGAUGUUCUCCCAAGUUCCUGUCAUGUGUGAUCUUGCAUUCAACAGCUAGAGCAGGAUUAAAUUGGCUGGAGUUCAGUGCCACUAGUUAUAUAUGCCAUCUUUGGUGUCCAUACUGAUACCGGGCAAAGACUCACUUAAAUGACCCAUGGUGGCGGUGUGGUAGCUAAUAUUCAUUGAGAUUACUUGUACUGGAUAUUUUUCUGUUUCAGAUUAAUUUAUAUGUUCAGCUUUCAUAGCAAUCUUGUAGGGUACAUACAAUAAAUAUCCCCAUUUUAGAGAGGAGUUUAGAAAAGGUUAAUUGGCUUUUCUAAGAUCCCACAACUACUUAGAACAGAAUCUGCGUGCAAACCAGACAGGCUGAUUCUACAGUCUGUGAUGUUCACACCUCAGUGACCCCAAGUUCAUAUUUUCCAGGGACCUUUCUCUUAUUUCCUCUUUCAAGAUGAAAAAGAAAGGGCCAAAGAGAGAACAUUUCUCAUUGCUUUUUUAUUUCUUCAGUUUACUUAAAUUCCCCUAUUACUGCCAAAUGAUACAUACUUAGUUAGGAUGAGUCCCAUCUUAUUUUCAUCUGUAUAUGUUUACUUAACCACAAAGGUAUUUUUUUACAACUUAGCAGAGAACAACAUAAAUUAGUUUUGCUUUUUUGCAAGUCAUCUGUGUUUCUCAGUGUGUUGAAAACCACACUAUAGCUUCCUCUUUACCAUUGUAGUGAGAGCAUAUUUGUCACUGUACUUCUGAGCAGCUUUGGUGACGCUUCUGGGAAAGGUCUAUAUUGGUCCAAAUGGCACACAUCGUAUAUGUGGCAUCUUUCUCCCUCCUUCUGACUAAGCUCAGCACAGGCCAGAGAGAAGUAACAGUUCAAAAAGGACCGUUGUAUAGAGCUGAAGGUUAUGCUGUCAGCAUUGGCUGCAAUGUAACUGGCCACCAGGGACCUUCUGAGCAGCACUUCCAGUGGUCUAUUUACCUGCCCACAGCCCCAACCAGGGAGAUACAGAUCGUUAGCACCAAGGAUGCUGCCUUCUCUUACGCAGUAUAUGCACAGCGGGUGCAAAGCAGAGACAUCUACAUAGAGAGGGUACAGGGAAAUGCAGUCUUUUUGCACAUCUCAAAGCUCCAGAAGAAGGAUGCUGGCGAGUACGAGUGUCACACGCUGAACACGGAUGAAAAAUACUACGGAAGUUACAGUGCGAAGACUAAUCUAACUGUUAUUCCAGAUACUCUCUCUGCCACCAUGCCUUCCCACACUCUGAGUAAGGAGGAAGGUGAACCAUUAGAACUUACCUGCGAAGUGUCCAAAGCCACAGCUCAACAUACUCACCUCUCUGUCACCUGGUACCUGACACAGCAAGGAGGAAGCAGCCAGCCCACCAAGAUUAUUUCCCUCUCCAGAGAUUUUACGUUGACCCCUGGGGCUUCAUAUGCAGAGAGGUUUGCAGCUGGUGAUGUGCAACUCAGCAAGCUUGGGGUCACUACCUUCAAGCUCUCCAUAGGCAGGCUCCAGCCCUCAGAUCAAGGCCAGCUGUUCUGUGAGGCAGCUGAAUGGAUUCAGGAUCCAGAUGAAACCUGGAUUUCCAUCACAAAAAAGCAAACAGAUCAAACAACGCUGAGAGUCCAGCCAGCAGUGAGAGAUUUUCAAGUCAGCAUUACUGCUGAGAGCACGUUUGCUGAAGGGAAGCCCUUGGAGCUGGUUUGCUUGGUGGUGGGCAGUGGCCAGGACCCACAACUUCAGGUUGUUUGGUUGCUCAAUGGGAUUGAAACAGCCCACAUUGAUGCUGGUGGAGUCCUGGAUCUGAAGAAAGAUUACAAAGACAGAGCAAACCAAGGACAGCUCCAGGUUUCAAAGUUAAGCCCCAAGGCUUUCUCCCUCAAGAUCUUCUCUGCAGGCCCAGAAGACGAAGGCACUUACACUUGCACAGUGACCGAGGUGGUAAAAACUGCAAUGGGCUCCUGGCAGGUGCUGCAGAGAAAGCAGUCACCAGUCAGCCAAGUGCAUCUGAAGGAGCCAUCAGCAAGAAGCGUGGUUGUGUCCACCAAGCAGCAAGAUGUGUGGGAAGGAGAGCCACUCACCCUUCUCUGCAAGACAGGUGGACCAGAGCGUCCUCUGUCCGUGAGCUGGUGGCACAUCUCUCAGAACCAUGCCACGCCCAUGCUCGUAGCUGGCAUGAAGCAGGAUGGCACUCUGCAGCUGGGCAACUCCCCUGGGGGCCCAAGAAGUCAUGACAACACAAGGCUGGACAAAGUGGACUGGGCAACCUUCCGGCUGGAGAUGGCCUUCACCACAGUCGCAGAGAGUGGUGUAUACCAGUGCAGAGUAUCAGAGAGAACCCAGAAGCAGGCUGGAGAUCAGUAUUGGGCUCACAGUAUUUCAGUCACUGUAAAAUCUCUAAAAUCAAGUUUACAAGUUUCUCUGAUGAGCCGUCAGCCAAAAGUAAAAUUACUGGACACUUUCAGCCUGUCCUGCAUAGUGGGGACCACCUACUCUGGCCUUGCGCUGCCACUCACCGUGACGUGGAAGUUCCAGCCAGCCGGGUCUCAAGUCUUUCAUCAGAUAAUUCGAAUUGCCCAUAAUGGCACCAUUGAAUGGGGGGAUUUUCUCUCUCAGUUCACCAAGAAGACGAAGGUUUCACAGACUUCAUAUCAUUCUCAACUCUCAAUCCAUGAUUCCACCAUGGAAGAGACAGGAAUGUAUCAGUGUAAAGUGGAAAUUUAUGACAGAAAUUCCCUCCACACAAACAGUCCAGCCAGGGUUUCUGCCACCUCUUACCCACUGCAAAUAUCUGUCACUUUACCAGCGAGCGAGCUAAGAGUGAAUGCGAGCCGUCAAUACCAAGAGAUCUCCAUCAACUCCAACACAGUCAUAGAAUGUAGCAUCUUGUCCCGGCGUACUAAAAACCUCAAGUUAGCCAUUGCUUGGUAUUUUUCUCCCAUUUCCACUAGUACAACUUGGCUGAAGAUCUUGGAAUUGGACCAGACCAAUGUUGUAAAAUAUGGGGAUGAAUUUCACACCCCACGGAGAAAACAAAAAUUUCACUCUGAGAAAAUGUCCCCAAACUUGUUCCAGCUGCACAUAAUGAGUGUGGAAGACAGCGAUCAGGGUGUGUACUACUGUGCUGUGGAAGAAUGGCUGCUGUUUACAAAUGGCACUUGGCAGAAGCUUGGAGGAGCGAAGUCAGGACUGACAGAAUUGAGACUCAAGCCCUCAGGAAGCAAGGUACAUAUCUCCAAAAUGUACCUGACAGAAAAUGCCACUGAGCAUGGAAAUGUGGACAUCCACUGCAGCUUUGAGGGCUCGAGGAGCUUGACCUCCCUGUACUCUGUGACAUGGUUCUGGAGCAGAGGACACACCAGGCGUCACAUGCUGGCACACCUGCAGCACGACGGCUUGCUGGAGUACGGAGAUGAAGGGCUCAGGAGACACCUGCACUGCUACCGUUCAUCUCCUACAGACUUUGUCCUGGAGCUGCAUGAGGUGGAGGAGGAGGAUGCAGGGAUGUACUGGUGCAGUGUGGCCGAGUGGCAGCUGCAUGGCCACCCAGGCAAGUGGGUCAACCAAGCAUCAGAUGAGUCACAGUCAGUGGUGCUCAGAGUGCUGUCUUCAGAGCCUACGUUUCCUGCCAGGAUCUGUUCCUCUUCACUUUUACUCUAUUUCCUAGUCGCCUGCCCCAUUGUACUGUUUGGCCUUCUGUUGAUUUCCCUCCUCUGCUUGUACCAGAAGGCCAGGAAGUUGUCAAGGGAGAGCCGGAGCACACAGAAAGAAAAGGCCCUCUGGGUAGGCAUGAAAGGGGCUGAAGGCUGGAUCACAGGCAGAAAAGAAGAUGAAGAAGAAGAAGAGGAGCACCACUGAAUCCUGAGAGCUGGAUUUGAACUGGACUGGCUGGGGUGUGAAAGAAUUCUGAUUCUGUCCCUUACUGUGUCUGGGGCUUUGGGCAUGUCCUUCGAGGCUCACAGCAAACAUUCAGUGAGCAUUUAGGUGCUGCCUGGAACUGUUCAGAGUUUCUUUGUGUAUUAAUUGGACUAGUAUAGCCUUUAGGAGUAGGUAGCAUCAAUAUCCUAGCACUGCCCUUGCACAGCCCAGGCCCUCGCACAGCAUGGAGGAGCAAAUGAGUUCCUAAGGGCUGAGCCAUGGUGGGGACCUUCACUCCCUUCACUCCUGUCUUUCAUUGCUGAUUUUCCUGGAACACCAGUUCUAGGUGAUCUUUGUGCUCUACAUAAGAAACAUAGAAGUGUCAGCAAGGCAAAAGGAAUUGGGAACACGCUCUUGUUUACUUCAAAUUUUCCUCUACAACCAAAAUAUAACUUACUUCCAGAGAGAAAUCCAAUUAUCUUCCUUUAUCUCAUCUGCAAAUGCCCACUCGACAGCUUAAGAAUAGAAGAAUCAGUAUUAAUUCUUUCACAAAACGAUAAAACACUUCAUAUACUGAUGAGAGGGUGAUUGUUUUGUGCUAAAAGACUUAUUAAAUCAUGAAGGAAAAAUGUUUCUCCUGUUCUUCAUGGUGGGGUGUGUUUGUGCAGUAAUGUAUCAGUCAGUCUGCCAGGGCUUCACGUCUCCCCACCACUGAACGACCCAUGGUCUGGCUACCCAUUUUCUGUGAUCUGACAGCGCUGAGCAGUAGGAAAAGACUGUGGUAGUAUUUGGAGGAGGAGGGGUCACAGGGCCUCUAGCCCUCCUAUACUAGCAAGGCUGGGGUUCAAGACAAAUAACAUAUAAAAUCUAACUCUUAAAAGUUCUCCAACUCACAGCCUGGAAAAUUCCCUGCAGGGCUGAGGGGCCCCUCAACUUUAUUUCAAAAGCUUUUCAGACCCAGGUGUAGCCAGAAUUUGAAACCAAUCAAUACCACCUAACAAACUUGAAAUCUGUUUAUCAUGUUUGUGACCAACAGGCUUGCUUUAACAUUUGGUAAUUUGCAUUUCCAAUGAGAGCAAUUUAUUUUUAAUUAUUUUAUCAGAGAAACAGUCUUCUCCCAAUGAAAUGAGUUCCUUAGCAAGCAGAUUUUUUGUGACUGUGAGAACUCCCUCCAUAGACCUGCCGAUUCUUUAAUUCACCUCCCUUUAUAUCCUCAUUUGAAGUACUCCAAAUGUUUUCUCUUUUUUUCUUCCAAAUGUUUUCUUAAACAUGUCAACACAUUUACUUCUCUCUCACGUAGGGGAGCAUAUUUUUUCUGAUUACAAAGAUGAAAUGAAGACUUCUUAAAGAGCAUGAUCCCUUACCCCUAUUUUACAGAACAUUUAAUUUUAAUUAGGAUUUUGAAGUGAAGGAAAAUGGAGCCCAACCAGAGCAUCACAGAAUGGAAGGUGAUGCUGAGCACCUCUACCCCACCACUUCCCCUCUCUCUGAUUGACCUGGCCUUUCUGCUCUUGGCUCAAAUGACACUUCUCACCUUUGAACCCAGCACUGGACAGAGACAUACUCAGGUAUGAAAGGCUCCCACCAGGGUGAAGCUGGGGAAGUAUUUCCCAGCAAAUGCUUCCUCUCUGUCAAGCACUGUGGCAGGUACAAGGGCCCCGCAAAGACUCAGACACAGGUUCCCCCCAUUUGUUCUGGAUGCUCUCUGUCACGGAUGAAACUGACAGCACAUUAGAUUUUCUUAGAAGCUACAUUGCAUUGUUUGUCACUAUUGUGAGUUUCCAGACAACUAAAACUCCAAAAUCUUCCUUUUUCAACUUUUGAACAUUGCUGUGAUCCAGUUCAACAGACACUUUACAUGAGGCUUCUCUCCAGUUAUACAUUUGUUCAUUUUAGUGUUUGAAACCUAAUGGAGAACUUCCCUUUCACUCAUCAAUUUUAACUGUUUUGUACUGUGUCACCACCUGGUUUUGCUUUCAGUUUUUUUAUAUGAAUGCCGUUAGGCAACAGGACAAGACUCCAUCUAAGGAAUUAACAAACCAUGGCUCAAGGGCCAAGUCCAGCUUACCAUGAGGGAUAUAUAUAUAUAUAUAUAUAUAUAUAUAUAUAUAUAUGUUAUUAUAUAUCCUCAUAUAUAUGAUUUAUUAGAAUAGAGUUGUUCCUGUUUGCUUUUGUUCUGUGGCUUCUUUCAUGGUAAAAUGACAGAGCUGAUUGAAUUCCAAAGAACCCAGAUGAGCUACAAAGCCUAAAGUGUUUCUCUUUGACCCUUUAUAGGAAAUUUGUCAACCCUGCUGUGUCUGUCUUGGGUAUGUGUUAUGUUUCUGGAAAACUUGACCUAUUAUAUCUUAAUCUGUUAUAAAUUUGAUUUGAUUUAAUAAAUAAUCUCAGGCUCUCAGGA